GGCGCUGGCCCAGAGCGCAGGCUCAGCCCCAGUUCCUCAGGCCCGCGGUCCCUUCGCACCCCCACACCUCCCUGCUCGAGAGGGCACUGUCUCCAGCACCCGCCCCAGCACCACUUUCCUCUGACGUCCGUCUCCCGAGCUCUGACGAUCGCCCCCACCGGCCGUCCUUAUAAAGAGGACUUUUGCCAAUACUGGGAUCGAUCACCGCCUCGUCCCGCGCCCCGCGCCCUCCGCCGGCGCCCACACCUGUCAACUCUGCGCGCGCCCAGGUUCUUGAAGACACUGGGCGAGGAGCAGUCCAGAAACCGACCCCGGUCCCCUGGCCCUGCCCCUGCCCCGUCCCACCUCACCCUUGCGCGCGCGCACACACACACACACACACACACAAGCACACACACAAACACACACACACACUCUCUCUCGACGCUGCACCCUUGCAGCCCCCCCAUCACCGCAGUUCCCAGGGACGGCGGUCCCUGGAGGAGCCCGACCCGGCGGAGCGCUUCGCUGCGCGGCCACCUCUCCAGAAGUCUUAAUGAAGUAGCCAGCUGUGAAAGAAUCCAGACCCCCCAGAUAAAGAUGACAUUCCAUGUGGAAGGACUGAUAGCUAUCAUCGUGUUCUACCUUCUGAUAUUGCUGGUUGGAAUAUGGGCUGCCUGGAGAACCAAAAACAGCAGCCGGGCGGAGGAGCGCAGCGAGGCCAUAAUAGUUGGCGGCCGGGACAUUGGCCUGCUAGUGGGCGGAUUCACCAUGACAGCCACCUGGGUUGGAGGAGGAUACAUCAACGGGACAGCUGAAGCAGUGUACGUACCAGAUUACGGUCUAGCGUGGGCUCAGGCACCAAUUGGAUAUUCUCUUAGUCUGGUUUUAGGUGGGCUGUUUUUUGCAAAGCCUAUGCGUUCCAAGGGAUAUGUGACUAUGUUAGACCCAUUUCAGCAGAUCUACGGAAAACGCAUGGGUGGGCUCUUAUUUAUUCCUGCACUAAUGGGAGAAAUGUUCUGGGCUGCAGCCAUUUUCUCUGCCUUAGGAGCCACUAUCAGUGUGAUCAUUAAUGUCAAUGUACACGCUUCUGUCAUUGUCUCUGCACUCAUCGCCACUCUGUACACCCUGGUAGGAGGUCUCUACUCUGUGGCCUACACGGAUGUUGUUCAGCUCUUUUGCAUUUUCGUAGGACUGUGGAUCAGUGUCCCUUUCGCACUGUCACAUCCUGCAGUUACUGACAUUGGGUUCACUGCAGUCCAUGCCAAAUACCAGGAGCCUUGGCUUGGAACCAUUGAAUCAUUUGAAGUCUACACUUGGCUUGAUAGUUUUCUGUUGUUGAUAUUGGGUGGAAUCCCAUGGCAAGCCUAUUUCCAGAGGGUUCUCUCUUCAUCUUCAGCCACCUAUGCUCAAGUGCUGUCCUUUCUGGCAGCUUUUGGGUGCCUGGUGAUGGCUCUGCCAGCCAUACUCAUUGGGGCCAUUGGUGCAUCAACAGACUGGAACCAGACUGCAUAUGGGAUUCCAGAUCCAAAGAGUAAUGAGGAAGCAGACAUGAUUUUACCACUUGUUCUGCAGUAUCUCUGCCCUGUAUACAUCUCUUACUUUGGGCUUGGGGCAGUUUCUGCUGCUGUUAUGUCAUCAGCAGAUUCUUCUAUCUUGUCAGCAAGUUCAAUGUUUGCUCGGAACAUCUACCAGCUUUCAUUCAGACAAAACGCAUCAGACAAGGAAAUCGUUUGGGUGAUGCGAAUCACAGUAUUUGUGUUUGGAGCUUCUGCAACUGCCAUGGCCUUGCUAACAAAGACUGUGUAUGGGCUCUGGUACCUAAGUUCAGACCUCGUUUACAUCAUCAUCUUCCCACAGCUGCUCUGUGUGCUCUUCAUCAAGGGAACCAACACAUAUGGGGCCGUGGCAGGCUAUAUUUCUGGCCUUUUUCUGAGAAUAACUGGUGGGGAGCCAUACCUGUACCUGCAGCCCUUGAUCUUUUACCCUGGUUAUUACUCUGAUAAGAAUGGUAUCUAUAAUCAGAGAUUCCCGUUUAAGACCCUUGCCAUGGUUACUGCAUUCUUAACCAACAUUUGCAUCUCGUAUCUAGCCAAAUACCUAUUUGAAAGUGGAACCUUGCCACCAAAAUUAGAUGUAUUUGAUGCUGUUGUUGCAAGGCACAGUGAAGAAAACAUGGAUAAGACGAUUCUGGUCAAAAAUGAAAAUAUUAAACUAGAUGAACUUGCACCUGUGAAGCCUCGACAGAGCAUAACUCUCAGUUCGACUUUCACCAAUAAAGAGGCCUUCCUUGACAUUGAUUCCAGUCCAGAAGGGUCUGGGACGGAAGAUAAUUUAUAAUGACCCCAUCUAAAUAAAAUACUGCUCUCUCAAACAGCACGAUAGCAGGCUAGUCCUGGAAGGAUGGUUUGCAGCAUAUAAAACAUGUUUAAAAAACCAAAAAUGUUCAGGAGGACAAAAAUGCCUAUAAAAGUGCAACUGCACAAAUACAAGCCAAGCUAAAGGAGGCACCUGUGAAAGCAACAGUUCUCUUCCUCAUUGGUGUUUCUCAUCCUCAUUUGAUUUUAACUCUAGAUAGUUUUAACUAUUCCAAAAUGAAUAAAGCCCCACUCAAAGAACAGCGGGCCAAGCAGAGCGUUUAUCUUUAUUGUGAAAGAAGGAAGUAGAUGUGAAAGAGCUAAGGAGAUUGGAUAGUCUUGACCAGAUCUUGUUUGCUAGUGCACUGGUGAAUCCAAUUUAAUUCUCACACUGAGGCUGUGAGAAUAACUCACCGUCACACCAAGGAAUGGUGCAAUGAAUUAACCAGCUGAUUUUCUUCUUUUGUGUUCUUAAUUAAAACAUUUGCUGAACAUGCAAUUUGUUUUCUUUUAGUAGUGGCAUGUAUUAUCCUGAGCACAGGCAAAGCUAACACACAAAAUAUUGUAUAGUGGCAUUUUUUAUGUCCAGGUGAUAGGGAAAUAGAAUCCAUCUUUGCAGAGGAGCCCUGGGCUCCUUUGAGUGUGUCUACAACUACCAGAUGCAUUGAGAAGAGUACCUGGAGCAUGGACAGCGUGAUUAUUAGACAACUUUAAAGCAAUAACUCAAGAAGCCCAUUAAGCAGAAAGUUACAGGAAGAAUGGUAGAUUUUUAUCCUCAUCUAAAAUGUAUAAAGUCUUGCUUCAUGCUAAAAGAAGUAAUGUCUUGGCUUACUCUCUAAAUUAUUAUUGCAAGUGAAAAUGAGCCAUGUUUAGGGUGAGGUAGCUACCCAGCACCAAUUAAGAUUAAUGAGAGACAAGCCACGCCUCCCCAUGGUAGUAAAACCAGGAAAACAAAACCCACUUAAUUUUGGAUAUUCAUUAGUGAGGAUGAUUUAGUGUCAAGCAAGAUAUUCUGUGACGCUUUUUCACAUAAGCCGAACUUAGGCACUGGACAAAUCAUUACAAAAAGUAUGUAGUGAAAUUUAACAUGCAGGAGAAAUCAGAAAGAAAAAAUAAGUCCUAAAAGGAAGAAGCCAUUGAUUUUUACUUUUGAUGUCUACAUAACUUUCAUGAGGUUGACCAUUAAACAUUAUUUUGCUUCUUUUCUGGAGUUAAAAUAUAUGUGUGUGUGUGUGUAUAUAUAUAUACACACAUGUAACGGUUUGUAUUCAUUCAUGAAUUAUAAAUGCUUUUCCACCAGUCACUUUAUAGAUAUACCUGGAGCUGUGUCUACAAAAGCAGACAGAACUGAUAAGCUGAAAAAGUAUCGGAGCUUUUGAUCCAAUAAAAAAAAGCAGCCUGAAUUAUUCAAACUAAGUCACUUUUUUCCAAAAAUAUUUCUUUUUUGUGAUUCAUACACAAAGUGAAGUUAACUCAGUGUUUGACAUUAAGUAUAAAAGUGUUUGGUAAGCUAGAAUUCCUUUUCUUAAAAGUUGUAAUUGUCUAAAAGCAUCAAAUAAUACACCGUUUUUGUUAUUAAACAUGAAUUAAAGUAACAGGGUAAUUUUUAAAAUAUGAAAUUAAAUAAUUUUACAUGUUGUAGUGUCCCUUAUUUUUAAUGCUUUAUCAAAACUUGAUGGUGAAUAUGACAUUGCAUUCAGAAUCUUUAAGGAACAUCAUCUAUGUCCAAAUGAGAAGAGAACUCUUUGUACUCAUCUAUUUGCUCAGAAUCUUUUCUAUGCCAGUACCCUAUGGAGUACUUGGAAGGAGCACAUUUUGGGAACUAGUAAGUGUGAGAAUCUCAAGAUUCUUGGAAACGGAUUGAGAGAAGAACCAGGGGCAGGAAACACAAGAAGAAAAACUACAGAGAUGGAAAUAUUUGACACGUAAAAGUAAUUACUUGAUGGGAGUCUACAGUUCCUGGCAAACACGAUUCUUCAGCUGUGCCAUGCUGUCCAGCACACUGUCUGAAUGAUUAUUUUUACCCACUCCAUCACUGUAAGUUUUUGUUUCAAUCUAUUUAGGCACGUGCUUCCAUAGAAAUACAUCAGCUGUAAUUCAAUAGAGUACAACAGGGAAGUCUAAUCUUCUUACAGACAUUAUAUUUUACAAUUUUGUUGUGCAACAAUUGUCCAAACAGAUCAUAUUUAAAUCCAGUGAAAAAGAAUAAAUACUGGUAGUGAAAAUUUCUUCCAUCCCAUUCAUUUUAUAAUAAUAGAAAGAUAAAGGGGAAAAAAUUUUAGUCUCCAAAAUGUUAAAAACUAGAUAAAUUAAAUAAGCUAACAAAUAAUGUUCUAUUUUUAUUUAUCUCAUUAUUUCCUACCUACUCUUAAAUAUAUAAAAAACUAGUUCAGUAUAAAAUCCACUAAUAAAUGUGCUAAAUAUUAGCAAGUUUUUUUUUAAGGUUGAAAAUAGUUGAAAAUAAGAAGGAAUGAAAAAACAAUCACAGGGUCUUUAUUUAGGCACAUUCACACACAAAUUGCCCCCCAAUUUCCAAGGAAGGAAUGAAGUGGUGAAAUGUAGGGGACGACGCUUUGUGCUCGUCCCUUCUCUGUUUUGAUGUCAGAGGUGAUGCAGACAGCUUUGUAUUCUUCCGGCUUUGCUCAGCAAACCUAAUUCCAAAAGCCCAUUCUCAAUGGACAGAAAAUGACAGAAACGUUUUAGAUACUGGCUAUAUUAACCUUUGGAGGCAAUACCUGUGGAUAAAGCAUUAGAAUAAAACAUUUCAUUUUCAUACUUUUACAAUAAUUGUAACAUGUUUGUCAGAUAAUGUUAGUAUAUUCACACGUACUUUUUCAAAACAUCAAGCUUGGAGCUGGACUGUCAGUAACGAGCACUCACUGUCAAAGUCCAGCUUUGCUGCUACACUUACAAGUGAUGAAUUUUGUGUGAAUAUCAGAUGAAUGUAAGCCUGAAACAAGCGAAUCUAGUGCAAUGGCUAUUAGCUUUUUUAUUUGGAAAUAAUGAAUUAGCAUUGUAUUUUAAACAUAAUCAUGACUUUUUCUUUUUUAGCCUUCAAGAAAAUUACUCUGGAAUAGUGUAUAAUUAAUUGUAAGUUUGCUACUCAACAGACAGAUACAUAUAAUGGUUCUAAACAUAUAUUUUUGUCUGUCAAAAUAUUAUAUAAAUUAUGAUCAAAAUAAGUAGAUUUGCAACUAUACAUGUAAAUGUUAUAAAUGUAAUGGUAUUGUAUUAAAUUGUGCUGGUACAAUUCAGGAUAUCAUUGUCUGGGUUUGGCUUUUGGGGGCCCUCUCUUAAAGCAAAUAUAAAUGGUGCUUCAAGACAGGCAUUCAAUGGAAUUGAAAUAAACCAUCUCAAUUCCAUUGAACAUAUGCAAAUGUCAAAUGGAAAUGUUUCACCUCGCAUAAAUCUUGGGGCAACAUAUUGUAUCAUAUCUUUAAAAAGAUGUAAAUUAUUUUCCCUGGAAAAGAAGUUCUACCACUGCACACAGGCCUUUCUUUGAAUCAAAGAAAUAAAUAGACAUCAUGUAUAUUCCAUUGAUAUCAAGAAGAUCUGCAUCUUAAAAACCAUAUAGCUGUCUGAUAAUUCUUGAUUUAGGAUAUACAACCAAUCACUAAGUGAGAAACUUGUUCUUAUUGUGCUCUAAGUAUAGGCUUCAUAUCUCUGACCUAACUCUUUCAAGGUGUCUUUAAAAGUGUAAUUAUAUAGACUCUCAGAAGAACUUUGGCCUUUUACACCUUAAUGAUAAGCCUUUGGAUGUGUAUAUGAAGUAGGGGUCUCGAAUGAGCUUAAUAAUGAAUGAAGCAAAGAAUAAGUAUUAUGGCAAGAAAUAUCACAGUACUUUGCCAUUACGGACACGCUUUUAAAGAGCAUGUAUUUUUGCAUUAUCACAAAUUUACAGUAUGGAAGAAAUUAUUAGGAGCUAGAAAACAGAAUGUAUAGAAUAUGAUGUUGCAAACUGUGUAUGUUUUCUUCAUUUUUAACCAUUGUGUUUAGAGAUUUUAAUUUGAUCAUUAGCAUUCUUCUAAGACAGAUAUUCUGAGAGACAUCCAGGGAACUAAAGGAUGAUGAUAAAUGAUGGUUUUUUAAAAAGGUUUUUAUAUGAACCCCUAAAGAAGAGCUCCAAAAUAGUAAAAGCAGCCAUCUCAUGUUAUUUAAAUUCUCUAAAAUCGAAGAGUUUGUGAUAAUUUUGCUAUGAUUUUUAGAUGGAAAACUACGGUUACCUGUUUAAAAGAAGCACUGCAUUAUGUUUUUUGAAGCCAAAAUGCUGUGUUGAUUUAUUAAUUUUUGAAUUAGAAUCAGUUAAAACCAUAAACCAGAUGGGACUAAAGGCUUAUCG